CACAUACUACUUAGUAUGGUAAUUGAAUGCUACUGUAUUCACUCCACAAAACAAUGAGCACAUGGCUAAUUAGUAUGGUAAUUUAUUCACGUGUGGAUCGAGACUUCAGUUGAGAGAGAGAGAGAGAGGAUGAAAAUCACUGCGUGAGGUAGGUAACGUUAGCCAACAACAAUUUGUUAAUUACAUUAUUUUGAUUUUGAUUUGACUCAAACUGUAACUCCUAGAUGGAUAUCAGAAAGUUAUUGGCCCGCAGCAGGGAAGAAGCAGCAGGAAUGAGAGAUGUGUGCCCCAGUAAAGUAUUAGUUCUAGUGACGCCCCUGCCUGAUAGUCGGAAUAGUGUGUCCACGGGUGUUGACGCGCAGUGUCUCAGGGGAGUCGACGGCAGCUAUGGACGGCACGAGCUCAGCUUUUCUCCGGGUGAUUCCCAGCCUGUGUAAUGGCCACUUCAGGCUAUGUCAGCGAGAUCCAGCCUGCGGCCCAACCUCAAGGGGGUGUCAGCACAUCUGGCCAGUCCGAAGCCAGCUCCACGCCUGGAACUACCCCUCAGUUCCUAGCUGAGAUUCAAACCACUGUGGUUACCCCUACGGUUCUCACAUCCACAGGCCAAACUGCACCCUCACCUGAACAAGCCACUUCUAUCAGCACUCAGAAGCCAACGACAGGUAGUCAAACCCAGACCCCAGCUCCGGCCCAACCCGCCCAGACCCAUUAUGUGACGGCAGAAAUUCAGAGCUCUCCCACACAGUCUGGAAAUGGACAAAGCGCUCCCCAAUACAUCGUUGUUACAGUUACAGAGGGCUCCCUCCACUCAAGCGACAGCGUAUCGGACUCCAGCUCCCCUCCAGCUGUCAUACAGACAGGCGUUCCCACGCAAGUCGUUCAACAGGUCCAAUCAGCCCAGCAGAGGUCCGUUGUGCAGGCCACCUCGCAGAUAGCCAAGACCGAGCCCGGCACACAGCUCAGUGUCACCAGUCUACAGUCCGUUCAUAUCAGCCCAGAGGUCCAACAGCAGCUGACACCAGUGCAGGUGCAACAUGUGUACACUAAUCCAGUGCAGUAUGUGGAAGGAGGAGAUGCCAACUACACCACCAGCACCAUUCGCCCCGGCACCUUCCCUUACACUGACACAGCCCUGUAUACCCAGACCACCGCUGCUCAGUAUUAUGAAGGUCAGCCAACCUCAGGCUCGCAGGCCUCCACCCCUGGUACACCUCUAACUGUCUCUGUGACCGCUGGCACAACAGGAGCUGUGUCCAUGUUUGUGGCUCAGCCUAGCAGUGCAACAGGGGGAGGGUCCACAGUGGUGUCCACAGGUGGCACCGCAAAUGGGUCAGGGGAUGGGGCGGGCACUAAUGGUGGCGCUGCAGGAAGUUAUGUGAUCCAGGGGGGUUACAUGCUGGGCAGCAGCAGUAACAGCGGCGGGGCAGCUGGCAACAGUCAGAGCUACUCCCACACCGCCCGUGCCUCCCCAGCCACUGUGAGUAUAACAGAAGGCGAGGAGAGUAGCGUGCCGUCGGCAGACAAAAAGGUACAGUGGUUGCUGGACAACUACGAGACUGCUGAAGGAGUCAGUCUGCCGCGUUCGACCCUAUACUGCCACUACCUGCUGCAUUGCCAGGAGCAGAAACUGGAGCCUGUUAAUGCCGCCUCUUUUGGGAAACUCAUUCGAUCUGUUUUCAUGGGGCUACGCACACGACGACUUGGCACACGGGGUAAUUCUAAGUAUCACUAUUAUGGGCUAAGGAUCAAGGCAGGCUCGUCUCUUCUCCGCCUAAUGGAAGAUCAGCAACAUCUUGCUAUGAGACAGCAGCCCUUCUCGCAGAAACAGAGGUUGAAGCCUGUGCACAAAGUGGAGGGAAUGACCAAUGGGACUGCUGCCGGAGCAGGCCAGCAGCAAAUUCAGCAACAGGGUUCUGGACAAGUGGAUAUCAGCACCCAGGUUCAGCAGUACCAGCAGUUCCUUGAUGCUUCCAGAACGCUCCCUGAGUUCCCAGACAUAGACCUUCAGGGGAAGCCCCCACCUGAUGGUAUUGAACUGGAUCACAUAAAGAGCUUUCAGCUGCUCUACAGAGAACACUGUGAGGCCAUACUAGAUGUGAUGGUCAAUCUUCAGUUCACCCUGGUGGAGACGCUGUGGAAAAGCUUCUGGAGGUUCGGCCAGGGUCAGGCUGGAGAUGCCACAAUGGCUGUUCAUGGCGAGUCAGAAAAGCGUCUCCCGAAGUCCUGCCUUGUGCUGCUGUGCAAGUAUGAGCCGGUGGUGCGCUGGAGCCGUGACUGUGACAACAGCCUCUACCAGGGCCUGGUGGAGAUCCUCAUUCCUGAUGUACUCAGGCCAAUCCCCAGUGCCUUAACUCAAGCCAUUCGGAAUUUUGCCAAAAGCCUGGAAAGCUGGCUGACCAAUGCAAUGAUGAACAUCCCAGAGGAAAUGGUUCGCAUCAAGGUAACAUCAGCCAAUGCAUUCGCUCAGACACUGCGUCGUUACACCAGUCUGAACCACCUCGCACAGGCAGCUCGCGCUGUCCUCCAGAACACGGCCCAGAUCAACCAGAUGCUCUCUGACCUCAACCGUGUUGAUUUUGCUAACGUUCAGGAGCAGGCUUCAUGGGUGUGCCGCUGCGAGGACCGUGUUGUCCAGCGGCUGGAGCAGGACUUCAAGCUGACCCUCCAGCAGCAGAACUCCCUGGAGCAGUGGGCUGCCUGGCUGGAUGGGGUAGUCUCCCAGGUGUUAAAGCCCCACCAACACAGCCCCACAUUCCCUAAAGCUGCCAAGCUCUUCCUGCUCAAGUGGUCCUUUUACAGUUCCAUGGUGAUUCGGGACCUCACCCUGAGAAGUGCUGCCAGUUUUGGCUCUUUUCACCUGAUCCGCCUUCUGUAUGAUGAAUAUAUGUACUACCUAAUAGAGCAUAGAGUAGCCCAGGCUAAAGGAGAGACCCCCAUUGCCGUCAUGGGAGAGUUUGCCAGUUUAGGACGAGGUCUAAACAUGGUGGAUCCUGACAAAGAAGAAGAAGAGGAGGAGGAGGAGGAAAGUGAUGAGGAAAGUCAGGAGCUGACCCUGCCGUCAGAUGCUGUGGUGUUAGGAGACGAGUCUCUGGAGCCUCCCGCCAAGCUGGCCAGAACUGACCAGAGGGUCCUCUUCGCUGCGGGGUCAGCGAACGACUAACUAAAAGAAUUGUACAAAAGAAGACCUGUGUAUAUACAGUACAGCAUCUUAUGUAAAUGUUGCGCACAGUUUUUCUGCAUCCAUCCUGCUUGGUGGGAGUCUCAGCUGGAUACAGAAAGGUCCAAUGUGCAUUUUGACCUUCAGUUGUAUGGAUGUGAGAAAGGCAAAUGUUGACAAAUCCAUGAUGAACACACUGGGCUGUUUGUCUGCAAUGGGGGAGCAUGUAAAACUGGACCCUGAGCUCUUAAUAUUUGCCAAAUAUGUUUGUGGGGAUUUUUUUGGUCUGUUAAUCCUUUGUGUGUGUGUGUGUGUGUGUGUGCGUGCGUGCGUGCGUGCGUGUGUGUGUGUGUGUGUGUGUGUGUGUGUGUGCGUGUGUGCCCUGUUUUCAGUGUUUGAAUUAAGCUCACAUUGAAGUUGUAAUUGUGUAUGUCAGUCCUUUAGGCUUUUAAUUCACCUGUCAUGAGAGUCCUGGUCGAUUUAAUUGCGUCCGUGUUCUUGGAGUGCCUGUCACAGCUGCUACACACCUGUACAGAUAAAGAUACAGCUGAGGACUCCCAUGAGUUGCUGCCAAAUCUCCCGUCUGUCUGUGUCACGUAUUUAUGCUCCAAGAUCUUCUAUCUUGUUUUUUUAUUUAAAACAUGCCCUCGUUUACCUUUCAUUUUGUUUCUCCAAUGUCUGCCAAGCAUUGUUUGCGUUGACCUUUGUUUCAAAUGAUCUGUGCCUAUAAGUAAGAACAGUGAUGUAUAGCCUACUGUUUUAUUUUCUUUUGUUUUUGAGCUGAAUUGUCACUAAGUGAACCUGUCGUGCAGUGUAUGGUGCUGUGAUGUCACACAUUGUAGACAACCUUUGUGUGAGUUGCUGAUUUUAUUUGUGAUCCUCUGUCCUGUUCCUCAUAUCCGAAGAUUUAUCCACUCAAAGGCUAGCCUAUUUGCACAUAUUGUCUUAUGUAUUUUUAAAAAGCACUUCGAGGAUUUUUUUGAAAUUGUUUUGGAAGUAUUGUGUUUAAAUGUAAUCUGCUCAGUCCUCCACGAUAUCAAUGCAUUUUCACCUUCCUGCCAAUAGUGUUGUUUUGCUUCAUGAUUCAAUUUUUUUAAACACAACAUGUAAUUGUUUGUUUCUUAUUAUUUACAUGUGUUGAUGCCACAAACCGGCACAUCUAUCCUUUCUAUGGAGGUCAAAUAACUACACCACAGCUUAUUACAUAUCACUGCAGUCUUUUAAUUAUCUACAGAAUAUGUCACUGCUUACUAAAAAAACAUGUCCAGUCAUUUUUAUAGUGCAUUGUUUCCUAUGAACAAUACAACUAAGUUAAAAAAAAAAAACAUGUUCAGUGCAGUGUUUUCUGGAUUUGGUCUUCUAAGUAUGGCUGUGCCUUUGGAGGUGGUAGACUGCAAUUCAGAUGUUUACUUUGAAAAAAUAUAAAUUAAAAGUUUUUAAAAUUG